AUGCCACCUAUUUUGGAGGUGGAAUUGUUUGAUGUGUGGGGAGUUGACUUUAUGGGCCCAUUUGUGAGCUUCUAUGGGAAAAAGUAUAUACUGGUGGCAGUGGUCUAUGUGUCCAAAUGGAUUGAGGCAGUCGCCCUGCCUGAAAAUGAUGGUAAAAAUGUUGCUGGUUUUCUGAAGAAAAACAUAUUCUCAAGGUUUGGUACACCUAGAGCGAUUAUUAGUGAUGUAGGCUCACAUUUCUGCAAUAAAGUGUUUAGUGCACUUUUGGCCAAAUAUGGGGUUAAACACCAUAAGUUGGUAUUUGGAAAGACAUUUUAUUUGCCUAUCGAGCUGGAGCAGAAAGCACUUUGA